AUGGCCAGCAACUUAGGAUUUGGCAUGACAAAUAAUGAACUGAGGAUAGUGAUGGUGGGGAAGACUGGAAUUGGGAAGAGUGCCACUGGAAACACCAUCCUGGGACGACAGUGCUUUGAGUCAAAGUUCAGUGCUAAGUCUAUGACUGUAGACUGUGCUAAGGGCAAAGCUCUGGUGCAUGGACAACAGGUUGCUGUUAUCGAUACUCCGGGCCUGUUUGACACCAGGUUUGGCAUGGAUAAAACAACUAUGGACAUAACCCAGUGCAUCACUUAUGCUGCUCCUGGACCCCAUGUCUUCCUGGUAGUCAUCAGGCUGGGAAGAUACACUGAAGAGGAAAAGCAGACAGUGCAGAAGAUUCAAGAAAUCUUUGGCCAUGCUGCAGACAGAUACAGCAUGGUGCUCUUUACUGGUGGUGACCUUCUUGAAGAUACCACUAUUGAGGAGUUCUUGCAUGAAAGUUCAGACCUGCAGGAACUUGUAGCCAGAUGUAACAACCAGUACCAUGUCUUCAAUAAUAAACUGAAGGAUGGUGCUCAGGUCAUUGAGCUGCUCCAGAAGAUCAGAAAUAUAGUCCAGAAGAACGGAGGAAGCCACUACACCAACGAGAUGUUCCAAGAGGCCGAGAGAGCAAUUGAGAAGGAGAAACAACGCAUCCUCAAAGAGAAAGAAGAACAAAUACGUAGAGAACAAGAGGAACUGGAGAGGAAACUACAGGAAAAAUAUGAAAAACAGCUGAGGAAAAUUAAUGCCCAACUCCAGGCUGACAGAGAGAGGGAGAGGAGAGAGAGAGAGGAGGAGAGGAAGAGGGAGAAGGAGGAGAUGAAUGAGGAGAGGAAGAGAGAGAGGGAGGAGAGAGAGGCAGAUAGAAAGAGAGAGAGAGAGGAGAAAGAAAGGGAGAUGAAACAACUAAAGGAACAGCAUGAAAGAAACCUAAUGGAGGAAAUUAAAAAGUUGCAGAACAGGCAUGAGAAUGAGGCCAGAGAGGAGGCUGAGGAGUUUAAUCCACUAUUUCCAUUGGUAACAGUUGGGGAACUAGUUGUUGAUGCUGGCAAAGAGUUAGUUGGAGGAGUUAAACAACUGGGCAAGGCAAUUGGGCACUGGUUCAAAUUUUGAGUGGUUUGAUUGAGUGCUUAUUCAGGAACUUAUUCAGGAAGCUACUUACAACUAGAUUUGGAUACCCUGAAACAGUCAAAUUCACUCUUAAUGGCUGAAGAGCAGGAAAUAAUAAACCUAAUCUAUCUAAUCUAAUUUGUUUUUAAAUGUGCAACGUUUUUCCUCUCAAAUCUCCCUGCAGAGAGAAUAAAAGUGUCAACAUGUUUGUGGA